CAUUAAUCAAUAUAUAUGUUAAACCUUUCAGAAAUUGUUGCUGUUCUUAAGGGCCAUACGGGUCUAGUCAAGGGGGUUUCUUGGGAUCCUGUAGGGAAGUACGUUGCAUCCCAGUCAGAUGAUAAGAACUUACGAGUGUGGAGAACACAUGAUUGGCAGGAGGAGACUGUUGUUUCUGAGCCUUUUGAAGAAUGUGGUGGAACAACUCACAUCCUACGUUUGAGCUGGUCUCCCGACGGUCAGUAUCUCGUUUCUGCACAUGCCAUGAAUAACUCUGGCCCUACGGCACAGAUCAUUGAAAGGGAGGGUUGGAGGACUAACAAGGACUUUGUCGGCCACAGAAAAGCUAUAACCUGUGUUAAAUUCAACCCAAAUAUUUUAUCCAAAUUGAACAAAGAAACUGGAAAGGUGCAUCAUUUCUGUUGUUGUGCGAUAGGAAGUCGAGACCGAUCACUGUCUGUAUGGCUGACCUCGCUGAAAAGACCUUUGGUUGUUAUUCAUUCGUUGUUUUCUAAUUCAGUCUUAGAUGUGUCUUGGAGCCGAAUCGGUCACCAGUUACUUGUCUGUUCCUGGGAUGGAACCGUUGCGUAUGUGGAGUUCUCCGAGGAAGAAAUAGGAAAGCCAAUAUCUGAAGAUGAAAAGAAUCAACUUCACCAGAGACUGUAUGGGAAAAGUUUAGCAAUGACCAAUCAACUAACUACGUCAUCGGCCACAGUCAUAGAAAACCCUGAACUCCUGAAGAUGAGAGAAGAGCAGACACUUAAAACUGAAAAACCCAAAAAUGAAGUAAUUACAAAUGGUGUGAUGACAAAUCAACUGCUAGAUAGCAACAGUGGUUCAAAACAUCAAGACCAACAAAGCAAUCUUAGUAGAUCUAGCUAUGCUAGGGGACCUACAGAUGAGUAUAUUAGAUUAUGUAUUUGA